AUGUUUGGGAGAUCGCCGGAAUGGCUUAUGAAGCUUCUACAUGUGUUUGGAUGUUUAUCAUGGGUAAAUAUUCCUAAAGCUAAAAGAGACAAUAAGAAGCUCGACCAAUGGGCCAUAGCAUCCAUAUUCCUAGGAUAUAGUUUGGAGAGAAGAGGCUGGCUCUUCUACAGCCCAGACUAUAGACCAAAUAUAUUCUGGAGCAAUUCAGCAAAGUUCAUGGAGACCAAAUGCUGGUCUGAUAGGACAGAGUGGCAACCAGUGACUGCACAGCUGCCACCAGCAUUGACAAACAAGGAAGACUUCAGUGAUCUGAGGUACACAGACGAGAACCUUUUUGAUGAGAGGGAAGAGGAAGCACUGCAGGAAUACAUGGACAUGGAUAAUGUCGAUGAAACAGAUGGAGAACAGACCCCAGACGAAGUUGCCAAGGAAGCGAUCGAACACAAUACUGUUGCCAAUAGAUGGAAUGAUAAUAAACUUUAUGGAUUUACAGUGACCAAUGACAAUGAAAGAAAGAACCUGGACCCAACCAUUAGUGAGGUGCUAUCUGGAGAGGAUAAGAAACAUUGGGAAGAAGUGAUGCAUAAGGAGUUGGACAGGCUUAAGGCCAUGGGCAUGUGGGAAGUUGCUGAUCUCCUGAAGGGUAUGAACACCGUCGACAUGCAUUGGGUACUAAAGAUAAAGACAGAUGCCAACCUAAUCCCAACCAAGUUCAAAGCAAGGUUAGUGGCACAGGGCUUCACUCAAAGAGAGGGUAUUGAUUACACAGAAGUUUUCGCCCCUGUAGCACCUAUCCAGUCAAUUCGAGGAGUUCUAGCCAUGGCAACCAUAUGA